AUGGAGCCAACAGUGUCCAAAGAGUACACCCCCCAGCCCGCCAGGGGGACUGUUCAAAGGGCCCCUGCCCCCUCUCUCCGCUUUGAUGUGCGGACGGGCCUUGCAGAGGUGCCACUUCACACCUCUGCCCUGCUCAGCAUAAAGGCCGGCUGCCCUCGGCUCCCUCACAGAGCUGGCCCGGCUGCAGUCAUGGCGCACGGCUACCCUGCUGUCCCGCGUGUGAGCCCGGCGGUUCUGGAGCUGCCCUCCUUCUGGGCAGCCCCCCAGCAGCCCCAGGCGUGGGGCUGGCCCGACGGGGAGGGCCCGGCCUCCAGCAGCGCCUCCUCGCCCGCCUCUUCCGCGGACUCCUCCUGCGGCGGCUGCUGCUCGCCCUCUCCCCGCCCGCUCUGCCCCUGGGGAGCGGGCCUCGGGGCCAAGAAGGGCAGCGGCCGCCGGGCUCGGCUGGGCCUCGGGCAGCGCCAGAGCGCCAGCCAGCGCGAGAAGCACCGCAUGCGGCGCCUGGCCCAAGCCCUGCGCACGCUGCGCCGCUACCUGCCCGCCUCCGUGGCGCCCGCCGGGCAGAGCCUGACCAAGAUCGAGACGCUGCGCCUCGCCAUCCGCUACAUCGCCCACCUCUCCGAGCUGCUGGGCCUCCGGCAGGAGGAAGCCGCCCUGGCGCUCCCCCGCCGCCCGCCGGGGUCCGCCUGCUGCCCGCCCACCGCACCCGCCUGGCCCCAAGACGCCGGCGGCGCUUCCUCCUGCUGCCCGGCCUCGACGACGGCCCCGGAGGCGGCCUCGUGGCCGGGCGCCCCGUGGAGCCCCGGAGCGGCGGGGGAGCCCACGGAGCCCCCCGCGGCGGGAGAGGCGCUGCAACUGAUGGCGGAGCUCGCGGGCCUGGGCCUUUCCCCACAGAGUCUCCCUGACGAGCUGGCCGAGUUCCUGGAGGGCUUCCUUCCGCUGACGUCUCAAGGCUGACCUUCGCCCCCCCACCCUUUGCCAGCCGCCCGGACUGCCAUCUGGCCUGGAGAGCUCCCCUAGAGCUCAGGAGCCCAGUGGUGGCAUGGAGAGGAGUCCCCCGCGCAGAAAGACCCCUGGGGUCACUGGGGCAAAGCGGCCCUUCUCCAGAGGAGUGGACUUGCUCACCCCAGUGCUUUGGCAGAUGUGCCCCAUGCCGAAAGAUAGAGACCUGCAGGUGCAUAGCUGGCUCUAAAGUGCUCUCCCUGGGAUGGCCUUGAAGACAGCCUGGAAAGUUCAGGUGGCGCCUGGGUCAGAACCCCUUGGUCAAAUUAGGGACGGGGAAAUUGGUUGUGAGCUUGUUUUGCCUAACCUAAAGCAUUUCCUUGGUGAUCAGUUCGUUUCCAGGCCCAGGAAGGCUGAGCUGACAGCCUGAAGGGGGCAGCUCAGGGACCUCUUCUCUCUCCCCCCCCAACUCCUCUCCACUCUGCCCAGAGAUCUGCCAAGAGGUCCUGCCCUUUUGGGACUUGAGGAAAAUGCAAAGGAGGCCUUUCUCGUGGUGGCCCUUCAAGACUGGAACACCUUGCCGAGGGAGACCUGCUUCUCCUCUUCCUUUCAGAGGGAGGUGGAGGUGUUUGUAUGGAUGUCUUUUCAGCUCUUCUUUUUACUCUUUCUGCAUCCUCGUCCUGCGCCUGUAAUAUUAUUUUAACAGUUCUGAUUGUAUUACUUAAUAUUUUAAAUAUUUGGUAGCUC